UAAAAACCAACUAUCCCCAGUCAAUGUUUCCUCAUUUCAAUUCGCACACGUGACCUUAUUCCGCUUCGUCCGUUUCCUCAUUAGCCUUAUAUAAAAAUAGCCCUCCCAUCCAACUCUAUCCAAUAUCUCACCAUGAAACACCUCGUGAGCCUCGUACUCAUCGCUCUGACCGCCACCUCAGUCCACGCAUCCCAUCGGUACCGCGCAGCCGCCGAACAGUGCGUCCAAUAUCUCCGAAUAUGUCCCAGUCGCCUCGAGCAAUACCUGAACUUCGUCUUCCCGGAAGAUCGCGAGACGAUGUGCUUCAUACGCUGCGUCGCCUGCAAGCUGGACCUGUGGGACGACAAAACCGGUCUUAACUGGCCCGUUCUCGAGCCCCUUCUGUGCCCGUCGGUCCGCGAUCAGAUAGACGCCUGCGUCUGCCGGAAGCUCGAUCGCAUCGAUCCGUACGAUCACUGCCCGCGGGCCUACUACGCGUUCCGCUGUCUGCGCAACUACCUGCAGCAAAUCUUCCUGUUCAAGGGCUACCGACACGGAGAAAUUGAAGUCCCAGUAGCUCCAAAACCUGCCCCUCCGAGUUGCACUAGCUGUAGCAACAGCUUCCAGCCGCUGACGGUGACGGAGAUGACGCAGAAACUGCUGCAGUGCGCCCAAAAGUGCAACCUGAAGUCAAUAAAUCUGUGUGAUCGUACGACCGAUCCGGUGGUGGAGACUCCGGAGUUCGAGUGUACCGUGUACUGCUCGUCGAUCUGCUCCGGGGUGUACAGCGAGCAGAAGGGUCUUCUGAUGGAUAAUUUGUAUGCGCAGCUGGGACGAUGCGAGACGCAGGAGUCAUUUAACUAUCGUUUGGAGCUUUGUUUUGGAAGGAAUGCUCAACCGGAAGGAACCAGUCCGCCGACUGUGGUGUUUCAGCAGUAUUUUAAGUGCUUGAGAGGAGACUACGAGCGAUUUUAUAGUAGUAACCGGGAGGAGUUGUUGCAGAUUCCGGGAAUUAAUAAUUAUUGCUUCUAGGUUGUGAGAUAUGAAUAAAUCUGGAUUUACGGCAGUUUUCAUUAUUCUUUUCCCUCUCAACGGCAGCCUUAUCUGCUAUACAGAGUAAUGUAACAUGAUCAACCAUGACAACUGGACAUACUUGAAGACAAAUAGAUAUUAUCAUAUACUUUUGAAAAAUUAAGAUUCGUCCAAACUACUCUGGAGUUAAGUCCUUGACAUCUACAACUGUUUAGUAGUUAUUUUCUCUAUAAACUGUUGUUCAACUAUAAUCUUUGUCCCCCAUGGAAUUAUAUGAAACAUUUCAACAUUAUUCUGGGAUAUUUCAUAUCGCCCAAACAACCCCCAGUGGUCAUAUCGGCUAUACAGAGUGUAAUUGCAUGUUCAACUCAACUCACAGGACCAUUUGAAGACUGAGAUAAAUUGUUUUAUGCAAUUCAGUAUCACAAUUUCUAUUCAUUUUGGUAUCAAAACAACCAAUUUUUCCGAACUGUUUGAUUAUGCAACUGAAAUGAGUAGCCUAAUGAAAAAUAAUUGCAUCAUGUUCAUAAUGCAACUUAUGUGAGUUGCAUUAUGAUCAUUAUGCAACUCAAAUAAGUUGUAUGUAUAAUGAAAAAAUCAUUGCAUAAAAUUUUGUAUGGAACUUGUUGCAAAACUCGAUGUUUCAGCACUCUUUGUAUGUAUCCAACUCGGCAAGCCUCGUUGGAUAAAUGUACGACUCCUGCUGAAAAAAUCAACUUUUUGCAACUUUGAGAUUUUCAGAACCAGAGAAUUUUCAGCGUCGACAAAACUGUCGUGGAGUUAAGUCCUUGACAUUUGCAGCGUUACAGUAGUAAUAUUCGCUAUAGACUAUAACAUCAUACACUCCCGAUCAAAAGUUUGGGGUCACCCCCUCAAAAACAUGUCAUUUUUUUAGACCCAUAUCUUCGCCAAUUUGCGUCCGAUUUCAAAACCCUAGAUCUUAUUCAAAAGAUAAUAAGUCAAAGAAACUUUGAACAUGAUUUAAAAGAAAGUUUUUCAAAAAAUUUUGCAUGUAAACUUGCCCCUCCAAAGUUGCCAAAUUUUCUAAAAAAUGAAUAUAAACUUACGUCAGUGUCGCUGGAAAUUGGGUCGACCGAAUUUUAAGAUGAGAGCGGUAAUAUGACCCAUUUUCUAUAAGCUGUCAACUGCUUUUUACAGAACUUAGCUAAAAAAUCUAUCUUGUACCG